AUGGUGUCUUUUUCGUGCGAGAACUGUGGUGAUAUUCUCACCAAGAAGAAGCUCGAUCCUCACCGUAACCAGUGUCGUGGCGCGUCUUUCACCUGCAUUGACUGCAUGGUCCAUUUCUACGGCACGGAGUAUCGCGCGCAUACAUCCUGCAUGAGCGAGGCGCAAAAGUAUCAGGGAGCGCUGUACAAGGAAAAGCCGAACAAGAAGGGCCCCAAGACUUCCAACCAGAACGCGAAAAACAACACCAAUGCGCGCAAUCAGCAACCCCGGGUCGAGGAUGCUUCUGCGUCGGAUGCUGAUCUCGCCAAGUCCCACAUCAACGCACCACCCCCACCGGCCCCUACUCCUCCUCCCGCGGCUGAGGCGAAGCCCACCGCUGAUGCGUUGAAGGAUACAAAGGCUGUUAACGUCUUCGACUACCUGGUCACCGACGAGACUCCGAACGCGUCCAAGGUUACCUUGGCUACCCUUAAGGAGCAGAUGGCAAUGAACCCCAAGGCCAAGUCCUUGUUCGAGCCCAGCGACGCUCUCGCCAAGCUGGAUACUAAGACGGAUGACGAAGGUCAUUACGACAUCGCGUAUGAGGAGAAUGGCUUUUCAUACGGUGGAGGGCCUAUCCCGCCGUCCAAGUACCCCAACGAGACGGCUAAUGCUUCGACCGAGUUCGUUACUCCAGCAUCCAAGAAGAAGAAGGACCGCAAGGAAAAGCGCUCUGGCACAACCAGCGAGAAGAAGCGUAAGCGUGGUCAUGGCGACGAGAUGAGCAGUCCUCAAAACGACAUCGAUACUCCUAUGAUGGACGCCCCAUCCAGCGUCAUCAACAACGCAGGGACCCCGAUGCUGGCUCACUCUGGCCUGACCGGUGGCUUGAAUCGAAUGAUGCGCUCUGCCUCACCUAACGGCGACGACACCCCGGACGUCAUUACCCGCGCACCCUACAACGACAACUCGUCCCCCAUCAAGCGUACGCGCCGCAACGGCAAGGAAGCAAACGGGGACCAAGGCCUGGAAUCUCUAUGA